GGCCAGACUGGUUUGUAAAGAGAUGGCAGCGACGAUGGUUUGUGCUUUACGAUGAUGGCGAGCUUAAUUAUUCAGUCGACGAACAUCCCGAUACGGUGCCUCAAGGUUCGGUGGACAUGUGUAAAGUAAUGGAGGUGACCGGUGCCGAGCAAGUAACCGGCCAUCCUCACUCCUUAGCCCUAACAUCGCCCGACAGAGUUACAUUCAUUAAGGCGGCGAGCCGUGAAGACGCCCGCUGGUGGGCGGAACUGCUGGCCGUAUUUCCUAGGCGGCAUAAGCGGAACGCAACCUUUCCAGGUGGUAGAGCUUCACCCAGUUUGCCACAAUUGGGACGUAGCGCUUCGCCGCAGCCGCCUAGGCCAAGGCACCUAUCCUGCACCGGGCCAAGUCCGCGCACCAACUUUCUCACCCCUCCGCUCAAGGAAGAACGAGAAUCGCCAUCCAAGGAAGAAGCCCCACGACCGACCUGGUUACCGGAACCGUCAAAUAAUUUACCCAUCGAAUCACCACCAAGAACUGAUUAUGUGGUAAGUUCCGGUUCACCACCAACAAGAGAUAAACUUCAGUGCGACGAAAAGUCUCGGGCAAGAAGGGAUUGGCGUAAUGAACGUCUUAGGGACAUCGCCACAGCUUUAACCGAUCGAUCCCCAGAGUCCAGCUUAGCUUUACCAUCUGAAGGUCUCUUACAUCUAAAAAAGGGUUGGUUGUGGUUAAAAGGAGACGACAAGGAGUGGACGAAAUUAUGGUGGAUUUUAUGCGGUCCAUCACUAAGCGGUUACCGUGACCAGGAUGAGCAGGGAACGCCCGAAGUUACAGUGGAACUGUCCACGAUAACGAGCUUUAACGAAACCACUAUCGAUACCAGAUACGGAUUUCAAAUUCAUUGGUCAGGAUCGACGUUAACUCUAAGCGCCGUAACGGCCGGAAUUCGAACCAACUGGUUGCAAGCUUUAAAAAAGGCGAUGCCGGAUACUCCAGACAGUCCUUUGACUCCUGCGACGCCACGUUCGUUGUUGCUUUCAAGCGACGAGGAGUAUCGCACAGCAUCCGAGGGAGGUAGAAGAGGAUCGGGUGAAUGGGGAGAACUGCCACCAUCUCCACCCCUAACACGUACAGCACUCAAUCGAGUGAAAGACAGGGCGAGAACCCGUCCAAGAUUACCCCGAUCGCAAUCGAGGCAAUCGACAGUCGAUAGUGUUUCGACAGACGAAUUAGACACAGCCAAAGAUACAGCCGAAAUCGAGCUACGUAACGUUUUGAAUAAACAGACUGGAGAGAUAGAUGAACUCAAACGGCAACUAUGCGAUGCCGUGGGCGAAGUGAAAAGUUUGGAAAGCGAAUUGGCUAGGUUGAAAAAGGUACAAUCAGAAUCGCUAGUCCGCAAAAAGCAGACAGAUGAAUUACUGGUCAACUUGGAACACACCGAACGCGAAUUAAACCAAAGAUUACGUGACGCAGACGAGAAGCACUUGCGGGAGCAGAGAAGUUUACAAAGGCGCCUGACGGAGGCGGAAAACCUCGCGAGAGACAACGAAGAGAAGUGUUCCAAUCUCGCGAAAGAUCUACAAGUUAAACAGUCCCUAGUGGAAACACUACAAGACGAACUGAACCGCGCAAACGAUCGAUACGCGAGAGACAACCAAGAAAACGAGCGCCUUUAUAAGAAGCUCCAAGAGCUCGAGGGUAGAAACCGUAUAAAUUCUCUUACGGAUUUAACGAACGUCGACUUAGACAAUGACUUGGAAAAUGCGACCCACAAAGAGCUGAUUGAAACGUGUUGGGAUUUGAAAAGUCGAUUCGAAAAGGCAGUAAUCGAAAUACGGUCGCUUAAGCGAGAACUCCGUGAGGCUUUCGUCAAAUGUGACGAUAUGGAGAUAGAAAACGCCAAUUUACGCAGCGGGUUAGAGAUAGCGCGUCAGGAGAACGAGUCAAAUUCCACUUUGAUGGCGUCCCGAUUGCAAGAUUUAACGAACAAAUUAUGCACGGCGGAAAAGCAGGCGCGUAGCCUCAAAUCCAAACUGCAAGAUUCCAGAGAGAAACGCAGGUCGUUGUCGCUAAAAGGACGCGAGAGUGUGUCGAUUAACAAAGAAGUUGAGGAUAAGGUUAACGAAUUAGAAGCCAAAAUCUUAGUUCUGGAGAAAUCGCGAUCUAAAAGGAAGUACAAGCAGGAGCGCAACGGCGAACGAGCCUCGCCUAUUGAUGAUCGAUCUUCUCCCGGACAACGGUCUCUACGCAGAUUACGUAGGAAGUCGUUGGAUAGCGCGACUACAUCAGAACCCAUGAAGCUUCUAAUUCGUCUAAGCUCGCUCGAAACAAAAGUUACAAGUGUAGCAAAUUCCAGCGAAUCUUUGAAUACGAUAACGCCGAGCACGUCAGAAUCUAAUAUAAAGCAGCUUGCAGAGCAGGAGGCGGAAAAGUGUAGCAGGACGAGAAAUAAUUCCAUCACGGAAAUAAGAGAGAGAAUAAGCGAGUGUAUUGUUAACAUAUCAAAAUUGAAGAAUGGUCGAAGUAAAAGGGCCGCCUCGCCCAGUGUGGAUAGGUUAUCAGUUUUGGAAAACAACCUUUACGAAAUUAACGACAUUUUGAAUUCCGACACUUACUUUAUAAGCUGUACAGAGGCAGACGUCGUCGACAAAUCCGUUAAAUCGGUGGUGAAACAACUGGAAACGAUUCUGAGGGAAAAAUUAAAUGACAUGGCGGAGAAAAAACGCAUAUUGAGGAAAAACGGCAAACUGGACAGUAAUGUUGAGCUUUGUAUCCUUGCAGAGAAGAUGGCGUUCGAAAAUAUACUGAUUAAUCGAAUACAAGAGUCCCUCGAGGCGCCGAUAUCGGGAGAGAUUGAAUGCGAUCGACUGGUAAAUAAGGAAUUAAUCGACACGUCGCAUUUAAUUUCGUCCCUGCAAGAUAAACUGCGCAACUGCGCGCAAAAACAACCGCCCGCGAGUAAGACGAGCGUAGAGUACCUGACAAAAAUAUUAGCGAAAUGUCUUAUAAGCGCGGCGCACGGUUUCAGCAAACACAGAAAGUCGAUACGCCGCUUCGUUAUUACGCCCGCGAUCGAAUCGCUCAAACGCAAGCAAGUUCAGCUGAACGCGGCCUUUUGUACGUACAAAACCACAAAGUUACCACAAUUAGCAGAGACGUUGGCCGCCGAAACUGUAAACUUGGCGUACGAUACGACGUGUCGACUGAGAAGUCUCGAUCAGACCAUCAUUAACGACGCCUGGUCGACCGCUCAAGAGACGGUUAAUGCGGAAUUAAUACAGUCGGAAAUUAAUCACAUACUCAUGCGAGCAGCUCAGGUAUACGAGGCGAACAGCAGCUCCGAUCACAAUUUCUUCUUCAGUUUUUUCGCAUCAGAACGGGCGGCAUUGGAAUUGUGGUCCAAUGCAGUGGAAGAUCACCUACACAUGGAAAUGCAAAGCAGUAUAGAGGAGCUUAGCGAAUGUUAUCAGAACAGCUUAAACAAACUUCAAAGGCAGAACUGGCGACGGCGGGUCGAGUCGGAACGCGGCGGUAGUUUCGCCAAUAACCUAUUAAACGAAUUCGCCGACAUCGUCGCGCAUAAAGCUUUAAUCGACGCUCGUAUUAGUGUGCUUAGUGGCGAAUAUAAGCAGGCCGGUACGAACAGAAGUGCGGAUGUUUCGGACGAUUUUGUUGUAGAUUUAAUCGACAAUAACAAAUUAUACGACGAAUUGGAGAAUUCCGGUUUGGUACAAAUUAACCAAAGUUUAGAUGCAGAAUUUAAGUGUUUAUUAGACAGUUAUAAGGACGAGUGCCGUGAUAUUGUAAAUCAGUUAAAUUUAAAUGAAAUAAUUCGCUCGUUACAGUGCUUAGAGGAAGAAAUAUACAAGAUACAAAGCUAUGCAAGUUUGGGUAGUUGUAGUCCGGUAACGACGCUUCAGGACAUUCACACAUGGCCAGAAGUAUGCGUUCGAUGUCAAGAAUUGCAAGAACUCUUAGUCAAGGUCCAAAUCUGUUUUAGGAAUGGAUCAAAAAUGUCCGAAAAUGAAGAAGAACGAAGACGUUUACAUUUAGGAACAGAGUAUCACAUGCAAGUCGAAAAUCUCCGUGGCGCAUAUCGUCGUAUUCUCGCUACCAGCAUAAACAAAUUGCAGCAAAGCGAUCUUGAGCAAUUGCAGAUUUUGUGCGAGAGGGUCCUCCUGGCAAUGGAGCACGGCCAUCGCCGUACUCUGCAGGAUUUGCGCGAAAAUCACUCGUCGGAAUUGCAAAUUUUGCGACAAGAAAAAGAGCAGGCGCUGGCGGAGGAAACGCAAGCCACGCUCGCCGCGCUGGACGCGAUGCGGAAGGCGCACGAGGCCGAGGUGCAACGCGAGGUGAUCAAAUUCAAACAAGAAUUUACGCGACAACAGCAAAAUGAGCUUCUCGAGUUGACAGAACGUCUUUCGGUGAAAUGCUUAGAAGCUGCUGCGUUAGAGGAGCAGUUAGGGAGCACCACUAGGCAACUAGCCCACGCACAGCAGCAUAUACUCCAGCUUGAGCGGAACCCUCAGCUCUCCGCAAUGCAGAACUGAUGGUGUAUCCGUUCACCGUUUAACUAGUCCUGGCAAA